AUGAAACCUAUUGUAUUUAGGAUUGACCCAAAUGUCCUUUCUCAAUUCGUUAAACCCUCGGGACAGAAGAAGGAGGCUGCAUCCUAAGUGAAUCAAGUCUAAGAUUGCUUGAAAGUAAGAUUAAGUUACUUAUAUAGCAAUUGAACAUAGACGAUGAUGAAGAAGUUGAGUAAUUCACGAAUCAGCAACCUUCUUAGCCAGUCAUAAAAAACAGAUCAAGAACACUCUAUUCGAAUGGAUCGACUCUGCCUGAGACUCUAUCGAAGAACUCCAAUCAAUAGAUUCAGGAGGUGAAUCUCUCAAUCAGUGGAUCUUCCUUGGGUUGGGACGAAGUAUUUAGUUCCACAAUGCCAACCUCCUUCUAGAUGUUUCAAUUCAAAAACAAAAGACGCUAUGAACCUUAACAGCAAACAACCCAAUUCCAAAUUCAAUUACAGAAUGUAAAAUAUAUUUAUAAAUAUUCUAAGAUACCGAAAGACAAUAGAACGACCUUGAUGAUAAAGAAUAUCCCAAACAAAUACUCCUAGCCUCUUCUUCUUGAGGAGAUAGACUGCAAUAAUAGGGAUACUUACAAUUUCUUUUAUUUACCAAUUGACUUUACAGUAUAAUAUUAAUGUUAUGAUCAUAGAACAAAUGUAAUGUGGGUUACGCCUUCAUCAACUUUUAUGAUCCCUUGGACAUCCCAAAGUUUUAUCUGGAAUUCCACAAUAGGAAGUGGAGCAAAUUUAAUUCAGAAAAAGUAAGUUUUAAACCUCAAUAACCCUUAGAUUUGCUAGAUCACCUACGCCAGAAUCCAAGGAGUAGAAGAGUUGUAGGGACACUUUCAAUAUUCAACCAUAAUGCAUGAAAAAGUACUUCAAUUAAUAUCAAUUAAUAGGACAGAAGAUUAAAACCCAUUUUCAAAUAAAGUUCAGAGUAGAAACUAAAAAGAAAAUGA